GCGGGGGAUAAAAGAUAAUUGUCCUCUGCCGACACUCACUCUUGAGUGUGGCUUUAUCUCUGAGCCUACCGUCUUCUAGCCACCACUUUUCUCUUUCUUUCUAUGGUGGCGCCAAGCUUGUGUCUGUGUUGUUUGGAGUGCCUUCGUCACCGACUGUCAGCAUGGACGUUAGAGAGAGAAAGUUCGAUUCUUAGCUGAAAACCUCUCUGUUCUUUGCAAGGAUCUAAGGCCAGACCAUUAGAAUCUGAAGGCGGACAAGGGAGCUCACUCUAGGUUAAGAAAAUGCAUGUUAAAUCCGAUUCCGAUGUCACAAGCUUGGCACCCUCAUCCCCUUGCUGGUCACCAAAGAGGCCAGUCUACUAUGUGCAGAGUCCCUCAAGGGACUCACAUGAUGGAGAUAAGUCCACCUCCAUGCAAGCCACACCAGUAUACAAUAGCCCUAUGGAAUCUCCUUCGCACCCGUCGCUUGGCCGGCAGUCCAGGACCUCAUCUUCCAGUAGGUUUUCUGGGAUUUUUCGCUCAUCCUCCGGGCGAAAGUUGCGAGGGAAAAGGAUGAAUGAGAAGGGAUGGCCUGAGUGCACAGUGAUUCAGGAAGAGGGUCCUUAUGAUGAUCUUCAUGAGGAUAAGGGCCUCUCUCGUCGUUGCCAGCUUGUGCUCGCAUUCCUUGCAUUUGUUUUAGUAUUUGCUACACUUUGCCUUAUUAUCUGGGGAACGAGCAGACCAUACAAAGCAGAUGUGGUGGUGAAGAGCCUGUCGAUGGAUGAUUUUUAUUCGGGAGAGGGCUCGGAUAGCACCGGAGUUCUGACCAAGUUGAUCACAGUGAACUGUUCUCUGAAAAUCAAUGUAUAUAAUCCAGCAUCCGCAUUUGGCAUUCAUGUCACUUCUAGUCCCAUUAAUCUCAAGUACUUGGAUAUUGUAAUUGCUACUGGUCAAUUAGAGAAGUAUUACCAGCCCAGAAAAAGCCAUAAAACUAUGUCUUUAAUACUGAGGGGAGACAAGGUUCCUCUAUAUGGAGCUGGCGCCGGCUUACCUCUAUCGAAUAGCGGCGGUUCGGUUCCAUUAACUUUGGUAUUUGAUUUGGUUACCCGAGCUAAUGUGGUGGGAAAGCUGGUUCAGGUAAAGCAUCGGAAGCAUGCCGCAUGUCAAAUUGUAGUUGAUUCCAGCAAGAACAAGGCCAUAAAGUUGUCAAAAAAUGCUUGUACCUAUGACUAGGUCCCUUUAUCUGCUUAUGAUGAGGAGAAAGAAGGAAGAGUAGUUGUAUGGUCUGCAUUUAUGUAUUUUUUUAUGUUCAUUUUUGUAUAUUUGUUGCAAUAAGACAAUUUGAAGCUGAGAUUUGCCUUGAAUUUCCUUACUGCAGAACUUGUACUUUGUUGGUAAGGGGAAGGAGGCAUUUCUCUUGUAUAAUAUGUUUGUAAUAUUGUGGUGCUAGUUUAUGUUCUAUUGGUUACAUU